AUGCUGGGUCUCGCAGUUGAUUGUUGUCCUACGUCCAGCGAGCUAUGGCUUGCUCUAUCUCGUCUCGAAACUUAUGAACAGGCCCGUGUUGUACUAAACAAAGCUCGCGAGAAUAUCCCUACGGAUCGUCAAAUAUGGUUUGCUGCUGCCAAGUUAGAGGAAGCGCAAGGAAAUUACGCGAUGGUGAGCAAGAUUAUUGACCGUGGUGUUUCUUCACUUCAAGCGAAUAUGGUGGAAAUAAACCGAGAUCUCUGGAUUAAAGACGCAGAAGAUUGUGAGCGGGCUAAAAGUAUUCAUACUGCGCAAGCCAUUAUGUGA